CUUGUAAGUAAAUUGGACACAGGAAUUUAGCUAGUUGAGCUGUUGUCAGGCACAAGAUUUGGCAAUAUGUUGUCAAUUGUGUAGCCUGAUACUUUACAUAAAGUAAAGUUAUAAUAGCCAAUGGUGGGUGAUCAGGUUGGGCAUUUAAUAGUUUUAUUGUGAACUAAAUGCAGGGCUAAUAUUUUUUAGAUGUAUUUAUUUUAGUUCGAGAGAAAAGUUGGAGGAAAUCAUGGUCAUCACAAAAGAAGGCUGGCUGCUAGCAAGAAGCUAACCAUGUUGGAUACUUAUCAUAAAUAAAUAUUGAAAUACUGGCUAAUUUAAACUAAAGAAGAGGUAGCUAAAACUACUGAUUGUGAACUUUGAUACGGUUGCCUGCUGAAGUCGAAGUGUUUUCGGCUGCUUCAUUUUGCACUUGGGGGGGAUGUCGUGCAGAAGUGAAGCGGCUCGGGGGGGCACCCCUUGUCUACAACCACUUCGAGCCACUGUCCCAUUCCAGCUUCACAACAAAGCACAACCGCGCUGCAAAGAUUCCAAGACUGGCGACAGGAGCAAGUCUCGCCCCCCAAAGCCGACCAUUCGUCGCACCCUGUCCCUGGAUACAAUUGUUGGACCAUAUCUGCAGGGCCGGUGGCCCAAGGAGGCAGAGAGCCAAGGAGUCACCUGUGUCAAUGACAAGACCACACAGACUCCCAGCUCCUGGGCAGAGGAGACUCGGGGAAGAAGAAGUGUUGGUGGACACAAACGCUCAGCAUCAUGGGGCAGCGCGGAACACUUGAGGGAUGUGGUUAAGCUCAAGCACCAGCUGCAGAAGCGCUCCCGACACGCCCCUCCCUCUGGGGGAAAUGAGCGUCCCCACCACCCCCUACCUGGAGGCCAUGUACCAGGCGCUACACAGACGGUGCCCCUGACGCCCCUGAGCAGGUUGGCCCCUCGGCUGCGGCGCAGUGUGGAAGGUCUGAACCUGGAGCUGGAGGGGGUCUUUGUGUCAGAGACACCUGAGGACCAGCACAAGAUCCUGGAUGUCCCAGAUGGCCACAGAGCCCCAGUUCCUGCCCAGAGGUGCAGCAGUGGUACCCAGAGUGAGCCCUCCCCUGCCUCAUUCGACUCUGCUUUGCUCUCUCCAUCUGAGUCUCCCUGUGCCCUGAACCCAGCUCUACUCUCCCCAUCUCAGUCUCCCUGCCCCAUGGGAGAGCCAGACCCUGUGGACUGUGAGACCGUGUGCCCCUCUCCAGUAGUUCUGGACCCCUCCCUGUUGCAGCCCUCCUCCUCCCCUCGUCCCAACAAGACCUACUCCUUCCAGCGGGAGCCCCCUGAAGGCUGUGAGCGAGUACGCGUAGUGUGUGAAGAGGCUAUGUCUCCCUGUCAGAGAGAGCCUCUCCUCCAGGUAUCCUGCCCUGACCCCAACAAGGUGAAUUUCACUCCCCAUGGAGGCUCUGCCUUCUGCCCUGUCAGUCUGCUCAAGCCCCUGCUGCCCUCUAUGGACCUCCUGUUCCGCGGCCUGUCAGUCUCGCCUGUCACAGGCUGCUCAGGUCAAGGCUCUGCCCCCUACCAGACAGUUGGGCAUUCGGUUGGGGGCUUCAUGAGUGGACCCCUCCAGGACACAACUACCAUGUGACCGUGGAGAUGAGAUUGUUUUCAAACUACUGAGGAUGGAUUUAUCCUAAUAGGAGAUUAAAUCAAGAUGGCUGCCACCACCUUGCCAGGGACUGUUAUGACAAGCCUCCAGAUCUAUUCAACUAAGAUAAAAAAAAAUAGAGACCUCUACAGUGGGUUCUCUGUGGGAUCCAGAUCAAAUCUGUCAUUGGUGUUCUAUCCUGAUUCUCAGAGGGACUUGCUGCUCUGGGUACUUUGAUUGUCACUUGCCCCCUUGGUUAGGGGGGGUAAAUAAGUUGUCGGAUGUUUGUGUGACAUAUUUUUAUUCUACACAACUUGGCCUUGCUCUGAGAUCCUUAGAUUUGUUAUAGCUAGAGUCAGAGAUGUACUAAUUAGUGAUGCCCGGGUUGACUCAUAACCCGCAGUCCCCGCGGUUAUAUCCGCGGGGUGGACGGGUUUAGAGACAUUAAAUAUUGUGUGGCAGGUGGGUGGCAGGCUGGUUGAAUUAUGAGAAACAAUACCUUAAAAAUCCAUAAAUGUGUAAUUAUUGUGCGACUUAUAAAGGCUACAUUGAGGUUCAUCUUUCAUUAUUUUAGGCUAUCUGGUAUUAGUGCAUAAACCUAAUCUUCAGGGCUUAACUGUAGGCAUGCCAAAUAGCCCACACAGCCAAUCGCCAAAUAAUACUUUUGGGAACAGGCAGAAAAAGUUAACAUCAAUCCACGGAGGCAAAAAGGACAUUGUUGAAGUUCUAAUUCAAUAAGACGAAAGCUACGACAGGAGAGCUGAAAACAAAGAGAAGGGAGGGACAGAAAAGUCAUGUUUGGAAAAUAUUUGGUGAAGUGGUAAAAGAUGAUGGCAGUGUUAUGUGUGAUGUUAUGUGUGAUUGUGAGGCGCUAUACAAACUUGACAGUCACAAGACGGGACUUCAAAUAGGGCAAUGGCAUGUCAAGGGAACUGUGAAAUCUGGGCACUGACGUGUAGGUCUAUAACCUCUCACAUAGCCUUAUUAAUAAUAACUCCUGCAGAAUUAAGCAUUUCUUGCAGUAAAAUUAUACACUGAAUAUAGGGCUAAAUUUGGAACAGGAGUGGAGAAAUAUGAUUUAUUAAUGCAUCCUGAGAAAAGGCAAUGCUCAGAUAACAUCUGUAGAGGUGCUGUCUUCAUCAUAAAAGCUGAUAGUAUUUCAACCACAUAAAAGAUGCAUCAAAGCCAAGCUGAAAUCUUAUCAGAAACACGUUGGGUCGUUUUCACAGCUUUUUUUCCCAUGCAGCCGGUCAAACUGAUGUCAUUUGGGCAGAAAAUCUUACCCUUAUUAUUUUUGUUGUUGCGUUAUUGUAUUUUCUCCCCUGUCCUUAAAUGUCUUUGCUCCGCGGAAGAUGACAGAGAGAACUUUACCGAUGUCAACUAGAUUGAAGCAUUCAUUCCAUCUAUUACAUUAUUCUGUUGAGCAAGGGUUUAUUUAGUCUUCUAGGGCAACAUAAACUCAGCAAAAAGAAACGUCCUCUCACUGUCAACUGAGUUUAUUUUCAGCAAACUUAACAUGUGUAAAUAUUUGUAUGAAUAAGAUUCAACAACUGAGACACAAACUGAACAAGUUCCACAGACAUGUGACUAACAGAAAUUGAAAAAUGUGUCCCUGAACAAAAUCAAAAGUCACAGUCAGUAGCUGGUGUGGCCACCAGCUGCAUUAAGUACUGCAGUGCAUCUCUUCCUCAUGGACUGCACCGGAUUUGCCAGUUCUUGCUGUGAGAUGUUACCCCACUCUUCCACCAAGGCACCUACAAGUUCCCGGACAUUUCUGGGGGAAUGGCCCUAGCCCUCACACUCCGAUCCAACAGGUCCCAGACGUGCUCAAUGGGAUUGAGAUCUGGGCUCUUCGCUGGCCAUGGCAGAACGCUGACAUUCCUGCCUUGCUGGAAAUCACGCACAGAAUGAGCAGUAUGGCUGGUGGCAUUGUCAUGCUGGAGGGUCAUGUCAGGAUGAGCCUGCAGGAAGGGUACCACAUGAGGGAGGAGGAUGUCUUCACUGUAACGCACAGCGUUGAGAUUGCCUCCAAUGACAACAAGCUCAGUCCGAUGAUGCUGUAACACACCGACCCCAGACGGACCCUCCACCUCCAAAUCAAUCCCGCUCUAAAGGCUCAUUCCUUAGACGAUAAACGCAAAUCUGACCAUCACCCCUGGUGAGACAUAACCGUGACUUGUCAGUGAAGAGCACUUUUUGCCAGUCCUAUCUGGUCCAGCGAUGGUGGGUUUGUGCCCAUAGGCGACAUUGUUGCCAGUGAGGACCUGCCUUACAACAGGCCUACAAGCCCUCAGUCCAGCCUCUCUCAGCCUACUGCUUACAGUCUGAGCACUGAUGGAGGGAUUGUGCGUUCCUGGUGUAACUCGGGCAGUUGUUGUUACCAUCCUGUACCUGUCCCACAGGUGUGAUGUUCGGAUGUACCGAUCCUGUGCAGGUGUUGUUACACGUGGUCUGCCACUGCGAGGACCAUCAGCUGUCUGUCCUGUCUCCCUGUAGCGCUGUCCUGGGCGUCUCACAGUACGGGCAUUGCAAUUUAUUGCCCUGGCCACACCUGCAGUCCUCAUGCCUCCUUGCAGCAUGCCUAAGGCACGUUCAUGCAGAUGAGCAGGGACCCUGGGCAUCUUUCUUUUGGUGUUUUUCAGAGUUUUUUAAAGAGAAAGGCCUCUUUAGUGUCCUAAGUUUUCAUAACUGUGACCUUAAUUGCCUACUGUCUGUAAGCUGUAGGUUUCUUAACUACCGUUCCACAGGUGCAUGUUCAUUAAUUGUUUAUGGUUCAUUGAACAAGCAUGGGAAACAGUGUUUAAACCCUUUAUAAUGAAGAUCUAUGAAGUUAUUUGGAUUUUUACAUGUUAUCUUUGAAAGACAGGGUCCUGAAAAAGGGACAUUUCUUUUUUGCUGAGUUUAUAAUGACAAAAGAGAAGCUACAUGUAUCUAAUUAUAGACAAGUUGACUAACAAAUAGCCUACCAAAAUGUCAGAAAUUAUAAGCAGAAACACACUAUAUAUACAAAAGUAUAUGGGCACCCCUUCAAAUGAGUGGAUUUGGCUAUUUCAGCCACACUCGUUGCUGACAGGUGUAUAAAAUCGAGCACACAGCCAUGCAAUCUCAAUAGAAAAACAUUGGCGGAAGGAUGGCUUUAAUGAAGAGGUCAGUGACUUUCAACAUGGCACUGUCAUAAGAUGCCACCUAUACGACGAUUCAGUUUAUCAAAUUUGUGACCUGCUAGAGCUGCCCUGGUCAACUGUAUGUGCUGUUAUUGUGAAGUGGAAACAACUAAGAGCAACAACGGCUCAGCCGCGGAGUGGUAGGCCACACAAGCUCAAAGAACGGGACCUCUGAAGCGCGUAAAAAAACGUCUGUCCUUGGUUGCAAAACUCACUACCGAGUUCCAAACUGCCUCUGGAAGCAACGUCAGCACAAGAACUGUUCAUUGGGAGCUUCAUGAAAUGGUUUUCCAUGGCCAAGCAGCUGCACAUAAUUGGAACGCCGACUGCGAGCCAGGCCUAAUCGCCCAACAUCAGUGACCGACCUCACUAAUGGUCUUGUGGCUGAAUGGAAUCAAGUCCCUCCAGCAAUGUUACAACAUCUAGUGGAAAGCCUUCCCAGAAGAGUGGAGGAUGUUAUAGCAGAAAAUAGGGGACCAAUUCCAUAUUAAUCCCCAGGAUUUUGGAAUGGGAUGUUCGACUGAGGUGUCCACAUACUUUUGUCCAUGUAGUGUAUCAAUCGAAAUCGGGCAACAAAAAAAUCCUGAACCAACUGUCAAAAAAAUUGUUAUGCCAUGUUUGACUGUGGCCUAUAGUGUGUUUUCUGUAUUUGCGGGUUGAGUACGGGCCUCAGAAUUUCCCUCUACAUGAUCGGUGGGUCCGGUUGAACAAAUGUAGGCUAAUGCGAUUAGCAUGAGGUUGUAAGUAACAAGAACAUUUCCCAGGACAUAGACAUAUCUGAUAUUGGCAGAAAGCUUAAAUUGUUGUUAAUCUAACUGCACUGUCCAAUUUACAGUAGCUAUUACAGUGAAAGAAUACCCUGCUAUUGUUUGAGGAGAGUGCACAGUUUUGAACUUUAAAAAGUUAUUAAUAAACCAAUUAGGCACAUUUGGGCAGUCUUGAUACAACAUUUUGAACAUAAAUGCAAUGGUUCAUUGGAUCAGUCUAAAAUUUUGCACAUGAAUUGCUGCCGUUUAGUGGCCAAAAUCUAAAUUGCGCUGGGCUGGAAUAAUACAGUCGUGGCCAAAAGUUUUGAAUUACACAAAUAUUAAUUUUCACAAAUUAAUUUUUCACUUCUCCCAAUUCAAUUCUUUUCACAUUUCCACAAACUUUAAAGUGUUUCCUUUCAAAUGGUAUCAAUAAUAUGCAUAUCCUUGCUUUAGGUCCUGAGCUACAGAUAGUUAGAUUUGGGUAUGUCAUUUUAGGUGAAAUUUGGAAAAAAGGGGCAGAUCUUUAAGAAGUUUUUAAUCACAUAUAGUGGGGCGAUGGCGGAUGGGUUAUUAAGAAUUGCGGGAGGGUACGGGUGAACGAACACACAGCUGACCUGCACACCACUAGUACUUAUGGUAGCAAUACGCAUGCCCCGCACACCUACAGUAAGGAUCUCUCCUUUUUCAGCCAUCUAUUUCCGGUGUUUGAGGGGUGUAAAACCCCAUUUGUCAUUUCCUUGGAUUGAUUGCUUUUAUUUUACUCUGGUGACUCUUUCCCACUCUUGCUUGUGCCAUUCGUUUUUUCCCUGUUAAUGUAACGACCGCGGAAAUGUUUGUAAUGACCUGUGAAACACACUGGCUGAAAUGGGUUCAAUGUUAUACAUUGGCUUUACAUUGCAUCUAUAAAAAAGCUAACGCUUUGUCAGGCAUUUAAAGCACCAUCUCGACAGUUGCAUCACAAGAAAGAUAACUGUAUUAUUGUGGGUGUGGAUAUUUUUGUGCAAUUUAAAAAAAUGAAUGAUUUAAUGCAGUGUAAAUAUUUACACAUUUGAUGCGCUAAAAUAAAAGCAACUUCAGAAAAGGAA